UACGGACGGCAACGGAGGCUCGGCGGGCGCAGGGCAGCCUGCGAGGACCUGCGAAACCGCCUGCGGGCCCGCGGGCUGCGCUUCUGCGCGGGUAGGAGGCGCUUUCGGGCUGCCCUCGGGCCGCGGGAGAACACCACGCUCGGUCAGUCCGACCUGCCCUCUCCCUCUACUGCGCUCCGCUGGGAGUCCGAGCGCGGCUGCAGGCUGCGCGGUGAGCGUCCCGCCCUCCUGAGCGCCUGUCACAAGGAAAAUGUCUGACCAAGACGAACAGUUGGAUAUUAGAGAUAUAGUUGAUUCCACAGAAGGAAGCGAGAAUGCUGUUGACAUCAUCAAUAUCCCACUUCCCUCAGAAGCACUGGAAGAGUCAGAACCAACUGAAGAAAAUAUAUCUGAAGUAGAACAGUUCAGUAUGGGUCCUGAAACACCUGAAGAGCAAAGUGACCAGAGUGUGACAAAUGAGGAAUCCAGCGAGGAACAGCUCCUGGAAGAGGCUCUGUCCUCAAGACAGGCUUCCGGGUCUGUGAGCCCCAAGGAAGAGCAGCAUUCAGUGGAGUCUGACAAAGAGAAUCUCAGUAACGAAAGUCUGGCUUUUCUGGAUAAAAUAAGGGCUCUAAGGCAGUCGUUGCAAAUAUCAAUUAAAGAUCCUUCGGCAACAGUAAAAAUUGUACUUAUUCCUGUGGGUCAGGAAAUUAUAAUGUCUUUUAAAGUUGACACCUUUUUUAAAUACCUUGUGGAUCACAUUGCACGUUUAUUAGGUAUCCCACCUUCUGAAUUGCAGAUAAGUCAUGCAGGUAAAAUUCUCAAAAACAAUGAGACUCUCAUACAACAUGGAAUUAAGCCACAGCAAAGUGUACAAGUGGAAAUCUCUUCUCUAAAUCCAGAUCUGUAUCCAAUCAAAAGAAUAGCUACAUUAAAUGAUGUCUCUCAUAUCAUAACUGUCAUUAUACAAACUGGCAUUGAUCAGUUCCAGGAGGUAGCUGUUGAAAUUGUACAAUCUGACUUUCACAAGCCAUUCCUGGGUGGAUUUAGACAUAAAGUAACAGGAAUAGAAUAUCACAAUGCUGGAACACAAACUGUACCUAAAAAGAUUCCUGAAAAGUUUAAUGUAUUUUGUAGGGACACACAGACAGUCCUUCAGAGAAAGAAGAUCCAACAAACUACAAAUACAACAUCCACACAAAUGACUAAAAUUGGUGUGUAUGUAUCAAACAUGACUGAUAAACUUGUAACACCAGGAAAAUAUUUUUCAGCAGCAGAAUACCAUGCUCAAAGACUGAAGGCGGUGAUAGUAAUACAAACCUACUAUAGGCGAUGGCAUGCUAAAGUCUUCACAGAGGAUUUAAGAAGGCAGAAAAUGUUGAGGUUGGAGUGGGAAGCAGAGGAAGAACUCAGGAAAGUAAAAGAAAAAGAAGAAUGGAUGCAACUGGACUAUUACCGAAGGCAUAAUCCGAAAACAAGUGAAGAUUUUGAACUUCUUUACAAUGCACUGGAACUCUGGCGGCAAGAAGAACUUACACGCAUUAACCAAUGUCUUACUGGAGCUGAAAGGAAAGCUGCUUUAUGCGAGCUUCUGGAAAAAGAAACCCAGAUAAUUGCUUCCAUUGGGAGACAUAGAUACAUUGCUUGUACGGAGAACCAGGAAGAAGUAAUACAAGCUUUUAUGGAUAAGUGUUCAAGUCCAAAGGUGUGGAGAAGAUCUGAUGGUAAAAUAGUUGAGAUGGCUACGCAGUUCACAGUCAGAGCCAGAGAACUGCAAAACAUCUAUAAAUGCAUCAAGCUGCAAAAUAUCUCGCAAGAUGAGCGAUUGGAUAUACUCUUAACACUUAAGCACACUGUGAAGGAGCAUGAGUGUGAACUGACCCAGGAAAUCCUAGAGUUGAUUGACAGAGAAGUUGAUCUUAUGAUGAGAGGGGUCAAACCUGAGAACCUUGAAGGACUCAGAAAAAGAAUCGCAACGCUCUUUUUUCAUUAUAUCAAAACACCUCUAUUUAACCCGGAGGCUGCUAGAUACCUUAAGGUCCCUCAAGACCCACUGAAGUUUUACAAGAAGAUUUACUUUUGCCGCAGUUGCCAACUGUACCUGCCUUCUACAGAAUUUGCUGUUACGUCUACUGCACGCCAUAUAUUCAAGUGUCGUCAGUGUGUUAGCCUUGAGAAUGAGGCGCAGCGACGAGAGUCAUUUUUGAAAUAUAAAUGUUUACUUCAGCGGCUCUACGCUUCAGAAGCCAAUUAUGAUGACGGUGCUCAAAUUGCUUUCUUGAUGCAGCUCCAAGACAUUCAAUACCUAAUAGAGAACAUCUGGGCACCGCAGUCUGCACUCAGUGCCUGGACCGACCUCAAUGACCUGGUCAUGGUCAGAUGGGAUAAGUCCGUGGAGUGGUCCCCUUGGAACUGCAUUCUCCUCACCAAAGAUGAAGCAGCUGCUCAUCUCAAGCUAGAAAGUAUUGAAAAGGGAUAUGGACGUGUAUUUAUUCACAGAAUCAAACAUAAACAUAUUCUGGCUAAGAACUACUUCUCUCAGAUUCCAGUGCUGGCGUCAUUUAUACUUGAUGAUGGUGAAAUAGAAGAGAUCAGAAGUAAAUAUCACGUAGACACAGCACCAAAAAUUAUAGAAGUCCGGAGACCUUGUCCUUAGAGGAUCCAGAAAUAUUUGCUUGAUGAUAAGAAGUUUUUCCCGCUGCUAGUAGAGUAAUACAGAGGUCACAUCAUAUGGAAAUGAAAUUUUUCUUUUUUUUUUAUAGUAUUAUAAGUUAUAUGAAAACAUCUCUAUAUGGUUAUCUGAUUGCUAGGCAGGCAGUGUUAAACUGAAUUGGAAUAUUGUUACUGAAAUUAAUAGCUAAAAGUAAAGAGAACAUUUUAUUUUUUCAUAUUUUCCUCAUUAAAGUAUUUUGAACAUUUAAAUCUUUAUGAUUAAAACAGAGUAACCAAAAAAAACCAGGCCCAACUUUCAAUACAAUUAAUCUAUUUAAAAUAAAAUAUAAUUAUAGGAGUAUAAUUAGUAUAUGAAUGGGAAAAAAUAUAGAAUUCUCUCUUGAAAAAUCUUUGUGUGUAAGUUUUUUUAGUACACAGAUUUGAAUCUUUGCCUUUUAUUCUCUGCUUGCACCUUCUGCCCUGUUCAUAUAUCAAUAAAACAACUGAAACUAUAAAAA